AUGGCGGCCGCAGUAUCCCAAGGCAGCGCCGGCAACAACUCCUUCAAGGACAAGGAGAAGCCGAUGGCCGUGCGGGCCUCCAACAUUCUUGCUGCUCGGGCUGUCUCCGAUGCCAUUCGCACAUCAUUGGGACCCAGGGGUAUGGAUAAGAUGAUCCAAACGCCCAAGGGACAGACCAUCAUCACCAACGAUGGAAACACCAUGUUGAAGGAUAUGAGCGUGAUGCACCCCGCUGCCCGCAUGCUUGUCGAUCUGAGUGCUGCGCAAGAUGUGGAAGCUGGUGAUGGAACAACAUCAGUAGUCGUCAUUGCUGGCAGUCUGCUCGGCGCCGCCGAAAAGCUGUUGGCCAAGGGCCUUCACCCCACCGUCAUCGCCGAGUCCUUCCAGAGAGCUGCCGGUGCCGCCGUCGAGAUCCUCCACAACAUGUCCCGCCCUAUCAACCUCACCGAUCGUGCCACCCUCCUCCAAGCCGCCUCCACCUCCCUCUCGUCCAAGAUUGUGGCCCAGCACUCCGGACUUCUGGGGCCUAUGGCCGUUGACUCCGUCCUGAAGGUCUGUGACCCGAAGACUGCAGAGAAUGUUGAUCUGCGUGAUAUUCGUAUUGUGAAGAAGGUUGGAGGUACAAUUGAGGACAGCGAGAUGGUUGAUGGUGUGGUCCUCAACCAGCCCGUGAUCAAGAGCAGCGGCGGUCCCACAAGAAUCGAGAAGGCCCGGAUAGGUCUUAUUCAAUUCCAGCUGAGCCCUCCCAAACCAGACAUGGAGAACCAGAUUGUGGUCAACGACUACCGCCAGAUGGACAAGAUCUUGAAGGAAGAGCGCCAAUACCUCCUCAACAUGGUCAAGAAGAUCCAGAAGACCAAGUGUAAUGUUCUCCUGAUCCAGAAGUCCAUUCUCCGUGAUGCUGUCAACGAACUCUCCCUGCACUUCCUUUCCCGUCUCAAAAUUCUGGCCAUUAAGGACAUUGAGCGUGAUGAAGUUGAGUUCCUGUGCAAGUCUCUUGGCUGCAAGCCCGUCGCCAACGUUGACUCCUUCACCGAGGACAAGCUCGGUACUGCCGACCUCGUCGAGGAGGUCCAGGCUUCCGGUGCUCGUUACGUCAAGAUCACCGGCAUCAAGGCCCCCCUCGCCGCCUACAACCAGACUGUCUCCAUUGUUGCCCGCGGUGCUAAUAGCCUUAUCCUCGAUGAGGCCGAGCGCUCCUUGCACGACGCUCUUUGUGUCAUCCGCUGCCUCGUCAAGAAGCGCGCCAUGAUUGCUGGUGGUGGUGCUCCUGAGGUCGAGGUUGCCCACGCGCUCGCCAAGCGCGCCCGUGAGCUCUCCGGAACCGAAGCUAUCUGCUUCAAGGCUUUCGCCGAUGCCAUGGAGGUCAUCCCCACCACCCUCGCCGAGAACGCCGGUCUCAACUCUAUCAAGGUUGUGACUGAUCUCCGCCACCGUCACGCUCAGGGCCAGCACAACGCUGGUGUCAGUAUUCGUAGCGGUGGUGUUAAGGACGAUAUCACAGAGGAGAACAUCUUACAGCCCCUGUUGGUCAGCACCAGUGCGAUCGAGCUGGCCGCGGAGACUGUGAAGAUGAUCAUGAGAAUUGAUGACAUUGCUCUGUCGCGGUAA